CACACAACUUUGUUCCCUGGAAACCAGUCAUUCUGUGACUGCCGAUUUCACGUCCAACGGCGCCGUUUAUAUGUCGCUUUAAACCGAGCCGACUCCACCGCCAUUCGCCCCCAACAGGGGGAAAUGGGUUUGUGUCACUUAGUUCGUCAGCGAACAGCAGAAGCUCUCGGUUGGACUUUAGACUGAAAAGAAAAAAAAAACACAAACAAACAAACUUCCCUCGGCUAGCGAGCGAGUGAGUGAGUGAGCGAGCUUUUGUUAGCCUGCUAACUAGCUGAGCUGACAGAGAGCAGCCGACAGUCUGCUCCUCAGGCUGCUGCUGGAGGAACAACUUCAGGCUCCGACCAUGGGGAGACCAAGCAGCUCUAAAGACGGGAGCGCUGCGCACGGAGGAAGCCCCUCAUUCCGGAGCAACCUGGCGGACGUCAGCGCCGAGAGAUGAAACGGCACACGCCACGCCGAGGCAACAAUUACAGCAGAAACAGCAGUGAUAAUCAUAAGAGACCGGACUGCGUGUCGGGGUGAAGCUGAAAGCGUUGUUUUUUUUUUUGGCUGCUCUGUGUGUGUCUGUGUGUGUGUGAGAAAGAGAGAGAGAAAGAUCGAAGUGCCUAUGGCGGAGUUCGGGGAGGACGGAAGGCACCCUCCGGUGAAUUUCGGGCACUCCUCCGUUCCCGGCGACGAGGCUGCGGGGAAGACGCAUUGCGAAGUGUCGGUUCUGAAUGGAGACUGUGGGCUCUCGGAGAAUAUGAUGUGCUCGGACACGCCGCUCACGCCCGGCAGCCGAGCCGGAGCGGAAAACGCCAACAGCUCCGCGGGGCUGGACGCCAAAGUCGACCUGCCGCGCAGGAGCAGCAUUAUCAAGGAUGGGAGACAACGAAAAGAAAGAAAGAAGACGGUCUCAUUCAGCAGCAUGCCCACCGAAAAGAAGAUUAGCCGGGUCAGCGACUGCAUCAGCGCCAUGGUGGAUGGCUCGGAGCUGAAAAAAGUGCGAUCCAAUUCACGUGUUUACCACCGCUACUUUCUGCUUGACGCCGACAUGCAAUCGUUGAGGUGGGAGCCGACCAAGAAGGAGUCUGAAAAGGCAAAAAUUGACGUGAAGUCCAUCAAGGAGGUUCGGACCGGCAAGAAUACCGACACUUUUAGAACUAAUGGAACCUAUGAUCAGAUAUCGGAGGAUUGUGCUUUUUCAGUCAUCUUCGGGGAGAAUUACGAGUCCCUGGACUUGGUGGCAAACACAGCAGAUGUAGCCAACAUAUGGGUGACGGGGCUGAGGUACCUGAUAUCUUAUGGGAAGCAUACGUUGAACAUGAUCGAGAGCAGCCAGAACAACCUGCGCUCAUCUUGGUUAAGUGACCUUUUCGACGAAGAAGACGUCAACCGCAACAGACAGAUAGCAAUAUGCGCUGCCGUGCAGCUAAUAAAGAAGCUAAGCCCAGGACUUAAAAAUGUGAAGGUAGAACAAAAGUUCAAGGAGAUCCACAAAGCGCAAGACAAAAGUGGGUCAGAUGUGACGAAAGAGGAGUUUGCUGAGGUUUUUCAUGAUCUCUGUACAAGACCGGAGAUUUACUUUCUUUUCGUUCAGUUUUCCAGUAAUAAGGAGUUUCUUGAUACGAAGGACUUGAUGAUAUUUCUGGAGGCAGAGCAGGGAAUGGCUCAGGUCAGUGAAGACACCAGCAUGGACGUCAUUCACAAGUAUGAACCAUCCAAGGAGGGCCGGCUGAAGGGAUGGCUCUCUCUCGAUGGGUUCUCUAACUAUCUCAUGUCUGCGGAGUGCCACAUAUUUGACCCUGAGCACAAAUCUGUUUGCCAAGACAUGAACCAGCCUCUGUCUCACUACUACAUCAACGCAUCCCACAACACGUACCUGAUCGAGGAUCAGUUCAGAGGGCCUUCGGAUGUGACGGGCUACAUCCGGGCCCUGAAGAUGGGUUGUCGCUGCGUGGAGCUGGACGUGUGGGACGGGCCUGACAACGAGCCUGUUAUCUAUACCGGUCACACAAUGACCUCCCAGAUUGUUUUCCGCAGCGUCAUCGACGUCAUCAACAAGUACGCCUUCGUUGCCUCGGAGUUUCCUCUGAUUCUCUGUCUGGAAAACCAUUGUUCGGUAAAGCAGCAGAAACUGAUGUUCCAGCAUCUGAAGAAGAUCCUUGGAGACAGGAUCCACGUAGAUCCACCAAAAGCCGAGGACUGUUACCUGCCGUCACCGUCAGAGCUGAAAGGGAAGAUCCUGCUGAAGGGCAAGAAGCUGGACACAAACUGCACCGCUUCCGAAGGAGAGGUGACGGACGAGGACGAGGGGGCGGAGAUGUCUCAAAGGAUGAGCAUCGAGUCCGCAGAGCAGCAGACUAAUGCGCACAAGAAAAUCCCGCUGCUCAAGGACCUCUCUGACCUGGUGACGCUGUGCAAAUCUGUGGAGUUCAAGGACUUUCCAACGUCUUUCCAGAAACAGAAGCCCUGGGAGCUCUGCUCCUUCAACGAGGUGUUCGCCACGCGCUGUGCCUGCGAUUUCCCCGGCGACUUCGUCAACUACAACAAGAAGUUUCUGGCGCGGGUUUACCCGAGCCCGAUGCGGAUUGACUCCAGCAACAUGAAUCCGCAAGAUUUCUGGAAAUGUGGCUGCCAGAUCGUAGCCAUGAACUACCAGACCCCCGGGCUGAUGAUGGAUUUGAACAUUGGCUGGUUCCGCCAGAACGGCAACUGUGGCUAUGUUCUCCGUCCGGCCAUCAUGAGGGAGCAGGUCUCGUACUUUAGUGCCAACACAAAAGACUCGGUGCCCGGGGUUUCUCCGCAGCUCUUGCACAUCAAGAUAAUCAGUGGGCAAAAUUUCCCCAAGCCCAAAGGCUCAGGGGCUAAAGGAGACGUGGUGGACCCCUACGUGUACGUGGAGAUACACGGCAUCCCCGCAGACUGCGCCGAACAGAGGACUAAGACGGUCCACCAGAAUGGGGACAACCCGCUGUUUGACGAGAGCUUUGAGUUUCAGAUAAACCUGCCCGAGCUCGUCAUGGUGCGCUUCGUGGUUCUGGACGACGACUACAUCGGGGACGAGUUUAUCGGCCAGUACACCAUCCCCUUCGAAUGUCUCCAGCCGGGCUUCCGCCACGUCCCGCUGCAGUCGCUAACAGGAGAGCUGCUGCCGCAUACGUUGCUUUUCGUCCACGUUGCCAUAACCAAUCGGAGAGGAGGAGGAAAGCCACACAAACGGGGACUGUCUGUACGGAAAGGCAAAAGGAGCAGAGAGUACGCCAGCAUGAGAGUGCUGCAGAUCAAGGCUGUCGACGAGGUCUUUAAAACGGCCCUGCUGCCACUCAGGGAGGCCACAGACCUCCGGGAAAACAUGCAGAACGCCAUAGUGUCUUUCAAGGAGCUCUGCGGCCUCUCAGCUGUGGCCAACCUGAAGCAGUGCAUUUUGGCUCUGUCCCCUCGGCUGACGGGACCCGACAACAGCCCCCUGCUGCUGUUCAACCUGGCCGACCAGUACCCUAACCUGGAGCUGCAGGGCCUGCUCCCAGAGGUCCUGAGGAAGGUCGUCACCACCUACGAUAUGAUGAUGCAGACCAGCAAGACCCUGCUGGAGAGCUCAGACGGCUUGUACGAGAGGAUUUUGCAAACUCAGAAAGCAGCGAUGGAAUUUCAUGAGAACCUGCAUGAUCUGGCUGUGAAGGAAGGGCUGAAGGGCAGGAAGCUGCACAAGGCGGUGGAGAGCUUCACCUGGAACAUCACCAUACUGAAGGGUCAAGGUGACUUAUUAAAACACGCCAGAAGUGAGGUGCAGGAAAACCUCAAGCAGAUCCACUACUCGGCGCUCACCUGUAACCUGAGCAAAGGCGGAGCGGCGAGCAGGUCCUCGGGCUCCACGGACUCCAAGAGCCGACGCAGCAUGGAGGCCAUUCCUGAAAAGGCCAAGGUGGAGGAGGAGCUGACGGAUGCAGAAAAAUGAAGACUUCAGCACCGGGUGCUCUUUUCUUCCUGCAUCUCCAGACCUGGACUUCCUCUGUCUGUCUUCACCCAGGUGCUGUCACUCUCCACUCGCCAUGAUGGGCAUUCCUCAACCCAAAGCACAGUUUAAACUACUUAGACCAAUGAAAUGACAUGAAGUUCAACCGUCUGUCUCUUGAACCCUUGUCCAAAAUUUGGAGAGCAGAAAGAGAUUGCGCAACCCUUCAACUUUUCCGAACGUCUUACUGAAAUGAAACUUCUUCCUGACGCUGCCGUUUCAUCUUCUGGAUAAUCCAGGAGUGCUGAGAGGACCAGCGGGCCUCCAGACUGUUCCAGGCGGACUUAAUAGACGAACACUUCCACUUAGUGGACCAGAGGACACAAAGAAGGCCUUGGAUUGCUGAAAGGAUUUUUUUUUAAAGCACAAUUUUUCUGAGCUGUGAAUGUAACAGGGACUGAAGAAUGGGAACAAAAAAAAAAACGUUCAGAAUGAGAGUAAAGAGCUGUUUACAAUUCUGGACUUGAUCAUGUUUUUGUCUGCCAAAACUGUAGUAAACUAUGUGUAUAUACAGUUUCCUGUGACUUUUUUCCCGCAGAGUGCAUCGUUUUAUUAUUGUAUACUUGGGAAUAUGAGAUUUAUUUUGUAAAAGUUAAAUGAACACGUGUGUGGAGAAACGUUUUGUGCGCAGAAUGACGACCGGAGGCAGAGCGAGAACGCUGCUGUCCGGUCGCAGCUCUCUGAACCAGCAGCUGCACGGGAGGAUGUCGACGCGUGUUACGGUCCUUCUUUGUUUAGACGUGCUUCUAUUUCAGGGCGACUUCUACCAAAGUUCACUUUACGUUGGAGCGCAAAGUUAAUUUCAACCCCAAAACCAAACCAGUUUAAAUUAUUUACUAGUGUGAGAACAUGACAGAUCAGUUGUUGCGUGUAGGAAUGUAGCAGCUUGCUAGUCCUUUUGGACGCAUUGCACAGGAAACCGGUUGGAUGAAUGGACUGCACUCUUUGAAGGAAACCAUUUUAACUUGUUUUUUUUUUUUCUUCUGUUGUUUUUUUUCUUGACUUCCCAUUUAAUGAUUCAGAUUGUUAUUAAAUAAAAAAAAUCCCUUUGUUAUGCUGUAUAUGUAGGGUAGUCACUAUUUACUUAAAGUGCACACAGUUCAGUUGAAAAGGAUAACAUUUUCUGUGUUAGACUAACCCUUUUAAGCCAAGGCAAGUUUAUUAAUACAGCACUUUUCAGUAAAGACUAUUCAAAGUGCUUUUAGUGGGAUAUAAGACUCAUAUUCAACAAUAGUUAAAUAUUACUCAGCAAAAACCAUUGCAAACAAUUUCAUAACUAUACCUGGUGACGGGACAGCAUAAAAUGAAGGCGAUUUCAAUGUUUCUUUUCUGCUUUGUUUUUCUAAAGCAGGAUCGUGCGAAGUACUGAUUAGCAAUCAGUAUCUUACAUGCAGUAGGCUGUUAAGAGUAGUGUUUACCCUAAAAACAACAAUCAAAAUCAUCUUUCUGCACACAAUUAUUUGAUUUUGGUUACAGUUCUCAAAGCAUACAGACAUUUGGUAAACAUGGAAAAAACUCUCCAGAUCUGUAAAAAACUGAGAAAAAGCAGCAAAAAUACAGUGAAAAUACACAUUAAAACAAAGUAUGAGCGAGCACGGCACCGAGGCGGCCAUCUUGGGCGCCGGCUGGGACAUAUAGGUCAGGCCCUUAAAUUUAAAUAUUUGUUGACAGUAGCUGUGUUUCCAUCAACAGUUUUUUUAUGUGCAUUUUGAAAAGGUUGCUAGAAACGGCAUUAUUUGAAAUAACUUCCUCAAUUCUGCAAAAACAACAACUUUUUUACAACUCGCUUGAGGUACUUUUUGGAUUAUUGCGAAAAAGAGUUAAUGCGCAAAACAAGAGAUGGAAACACAUUUGCCGAAUAAGUUCUGUAAUAGUUAUAAUUUACCUCACAUGACUGAUCAGCUGUUUCCACUGUUUCCCAGAUAAUCCCAUAAAGUGCAUAGAAUUGUUGUAUUUAUUUCUCUACGUCUCCGGACUGCAUUUAACAUCGGCAGUACUAGUUGACGUGAAAGAACCAUUACAACUUGCCCGAUAGCUACUCAUUACUGAAAACCUCUCUCCUUUUUUUUGUUUUUUAGAGGUGUGGUCCAUGCUAGUUUAAAACCUCUACUUCCUGUUUAUUCCAGCCAUGCUUAACGUCAGCUACUGACAAAAUUACGCUUUGCGUUGCCUGGUUAAGUCACUCCAAACCAGUAGAUGGAAACAUGCCUAAUUUCUUUUUUUGCAAAAUUUUAAAAGUUCGCUCAAAAUUUGCCUGGCAGUUCGGAUGGAAACAUGGGUAGUUUAAACUCUUAAAGAUAGUUAUCAAUGUUUCUGUCAAAAACUGCUAUGCUAUGCUAACAAUUAGCACUGUGACUCUUAAAGCAUUCUGCAGGCAACAUGCCCGUUUAAUUUGAUAUACGUGAAGAAGUUUUAAUAUAUUCUCUUGUAUUUUCAAGCAUUUAUUAUACUUAAUAUAUGUAAGGCAAACAUUACCUCGGUUAUACAUGAACCUAAAUGCUAAAAGAUUAACAGUAUUGCUAUUAAUGUGUUUGGACCUAAUCUUAUCCGUGCGUUUGAGUCCAGUCGGAUGACAGCUAUAUGUGUCUGAAGGCAUAAAGCUUCUUUGAGCAGUUAACCUGGACUAUCCUUCAGAAGGCUAUGAUCACUUUCACUUCAACUCGUUUAUACGUUUACUUUUUCAAAGCAUUGAAACAUCUUUCGCUAAAAACAAAAAGCCACAUUUAAAGUUUCUUCCUGCCCAAUCAUUGAUCAAUCUUUGUUGAGAAAUCAUCGAGUUACUUGUUGGAUAGACACAUAUUUGAGAAGGGCAGCCCCCCACAUAGUGUUGACGCGCACCAGGUGCUGUAUAUUGACCUGAAAAUAAUUCUUUAUAGCGCAAAUUAAGCUAAUACUUACACGGGACGGGACUCACAGUCACUGUUUUGAGCUUGAGCCAACAUUGGCAUAUACGCGAGGUUGCUAACACUGCCACCAAAACAGAGAAACAACAGCAGCCUUGUAUUUGGAUUUGGAUUUUCACACUAAAUUGACUUUAUGCUUGUUUAACUCAGAACUUUCUUACUUUCUGAAUAGGGUCCGUUCUAGUGGUCUAGGAUGACUGUUCAAGAUUGCCUUAAGCUUAAUCGGUAAACAUAUUUGGCUCUCAUUGCAUUCUGUAUCCACGAUCAGGGAUUACACUAAAAUUGUCACGACCACAGCAUUGAAUAGUGAUAUUAGCACUUGUCACUUUGUACUGACGUACAAGUGUAUUCUGUGUAAUGUUAACCUACCUACCAACCCGUUUUUGUAUCUAUGAAUUUGACCAUAAAGUUUGAAAAUACAAAGCGAAAGUUGUCCGCAUGUUAGAAGGGAACAAAAAGCCACGUUAUGCUGAAAAACAUUAUUAAAGUUAUUUAUUUAGUCGGUUCAGAUAAACACCCAUAUUAACCUGAAGCCCGAUGUCCUUCCUAGAAAUUAAAUUUUUACUGUCUGUAAAUGUUUUCGAUUUAAAGUGGGAUGACCUUAAAGUGAUCGAAGCUGCCUCAAUCCUUUUAUGCAUCACAACUUAAAUCUGGUUGGUAAAAAUAAAAAGAUUUAUGUCAAGACAAUUAACUAACCUAAUAUAGCAUUCACUUAAACUGCAAAGAAAGUUGCACAUAAAAAUGUUGUAUUUGGCCGUUGUUCUGUUUUUAUUUUUUGCCACCAAGUCUUUUAUUCCUGCAUCACAGAUUAUACAGAAGUUGAACAGCAGCAAACCCAGUUUAGCUUAUUAGCGACACAUCACAUAUAUUACUAUUUAUUAUGCUAUUAUUUCGUUUUCUCUUUCCAUCAUUUUAUAUUUAAAUAUCUUAUUCGAAGAACACACAGAUGUCACAUGAAACAAAUGUAUAAAUAAUGCUAAUCAAGUUGAUGCUAAUAGUGCUUAUUAGAUACUGAUUAAACGCCAUUCUAUUUUUAAUUUGUUUUAACUGUAAUUUUUUUCCCCCAAGCUGAAAGUUAAUUACUUUCACAUUUCAAAACAAUUUUCUUCACAUGACAAAUUAGUCCCAAAAUGCUGCUUCCUCCUUGACUUAACUAUCUACGCUUGAGCAGCAAUAACUAAGACAAAAAAAAAAAAAAGAUUAAGGCUCAUCAGUUUGUUUCUGUUCUCCACCUUUAGGAGUAACAGAACCAGAGUAAAGCGUGCGACGCUCCUCAUCGCUAAAUGUUUUUUUUUUUACUCGCAGUAGCUUUGUUUUCCCCUCUGCUGUUGUGUUUUUGCUUUCCGAAUGUUCUCCACACUUCCUGGUGUUUCCAGCGAGCCGUCUCUGAACAUCAGUGCUGUGCCAGCGUCCAUAGGAGUAAAUGUUAAAAACUAUCCAGCUGUAUUUCAAGUCUGAGCUGUCACAUUUUAAAUAAUGACCUCUGAAUAAACGGUGUUGGAUGAUUA